GCCGUUCCUGCUGCCUUUUCUCCGGAGGAGGGCGAGCAGGAUGCUGCGCGAAGCGCGCCGCUGAACUAUGGAAGGAGUUCUGUACAAGUGGACCAAUUACAUCACAGGCUGGCAGCCUCGCUGGUUUGUUCUUGAUAACGGGAUAUUGUCUUACUACGAUUCGCAGGAUGAUGUUUGCAAAGGCAGCAAAGGCAGCAUAAAGAUGGCAGUGUGUGAAAUCAAAGUUCAUCCGACCGACAGCACCAGGAUAGAGUUAAUCAUCCCAGGGGAACAGCAUUUCUACAUGAAAGCCGUUAAUGCAGCUGAACGACAGCGGUGGCUGGUAGCCCUGGGGAGCUCAAAAGCCUGUUUGGCAGACACCAGAACAAAAAAAGAAAAAGAAGUUAAUGAAACCAAUGAAUCUCUGAAAACCAAAAUGUCUGAGCUUCGUCUCUACUGUGACCUUCUAAUGCAGCAGGUCCAUACAAUCCAAGAAUACGUUCACCAUGAUGAAAAUCACUUGUCACCCAGCAUUGAGAAUAUGAACGAAGCGUCCUCCUUGCUCAGCGCUACCUGUGACACGUUCAUCACGACCCUCGAAGAAUGUGUGAAAAUAGCAAAUGCCAAGUUCAAGCCAGAGAUGUUUCAGUUGCCUCAUCCGGAUCCUUUAGUUUCUCCUGUGUCGCCUUCACCUGUGCAAAUGAUGAAACGUUCUGUUAGCCACCCAGGUACUUGUAAUCCAGAGAGGAGCAGUCACUCUGUAAAAGAACCAAAUUCAUCCUCUCACCGGUUAUCCCAAAGGUGGAGAAGGACAGUCUUAGAUCCAGAACCUUCUGUAGAUGUUCCCCCUGACGAUAUAGACAGACCAGCAUACUGUUCCAGGCAUACUCUCAAUGGAGACUUGGCGCCUUCAACCAUUUCCGACACAGCCCUGUUGGUGUCAAAGAAACAAUCAGAACGAGAAGAGACUCUACCGCCUACAUCCUGAAGAAUUGAAGGGAAACACCUUUCUCUUAAGUAAUGCUAUGCAAAAGCUGCUGUACUUCUCCUGUUGUCGUAGGGGGUAGUUUGUUCCCUGUGUGAAGGAUUUCUCUGCACUUUAUAGAAUAAUGUAAAAACUAACUUCAAAGCGUAUUUUAUCUUUAUAUAGUUUAUUUGCAAGAAUAUUUUCCUACAACCUUCAGUUUGUGCAUUUUUGAAACAAAUUAUGGUUCGACGGAUAGGUAAUGUACCUUUGCAAAUGUAGCCCUCCUUUUUACAAAGUGUGAUGGUCGUUUAGAGCCUUGACAAAAAAAAAAAAAGUUUUACAUUUGGGAUAGGGAAAACUUGUGCCAUAGACCGGACUGCUCACUUGAACACAUUGUUGCUUUGCUGGUACAGUAUCCUAUUCUUGCACACAGUUCACUUCCUAUUGAAUUGAGUGGCAGUGCUACCGUAAUAUUAUUAUUAUUAUUAUUAUUAUUAUUAUUAUUAUUAUGGCUCGUGGUUGCACCUUUCCUGCCAGGGGAUGCUUUUUCUCACAUUUAGACUGAGAUGGUAUUCCUUAAACAUGGUUUAUUGGUAAUUUAAUAUUUCCCCUUCUUAAAAACCGUGGUGUACAUAAGGGCAUAAUCUCUGCAACUUGGAUCUCUUCCGUCUGGUUGGAAUUGGUGACACUUGAGUAUAGUCUCAGGGCAUGUUCCAGCCAAAAUUAAGCCCUCUGAAGCCCUCUUGGUUUUAAAGAGAAUGAAACCAAUGAGAUUUUAGCAUGCUUAGGUUUGGCAGAAUCUUGCUCUAAAUUCUUAAAUUCCAUCCUUUUCUCUUUCCUUUCCUGUGCCUUUUCUUUUCUUGGACUCAGAACACCUGCAUUUCUCUGGCUUGCGCCCAAAGUCUAGCCAAUUAAAAAAAGUGUUAGAUGUGAAGUAUUUUUCUAAAUAGUCAUAUAAGUUAUCUGAUUUCCGAGGCAUUAUACAUGGGGUAAAGGUAUUUUAACGUUUUGAUGUAUUUAUUCCUUUUUGCACCACAAAAUGCCUCCUUGUCAAUACUGGGGUGGGGUGGGGGGGUGAGAUGUGCUUAAUCGUUGCUGAGGUGUGUUCCAUUACUAAAUAGCAUUGUUUUUUUAAAAAUUGUGGGACAUGAUCCAACCCAAAGUGUGCACUUGAUUUCAGUUGAAGAGUAUGUAAAGCACAUGGGACUAAGAAAUACUUGACUUUGGCUGGAUUCUGCCCCUCCUUUUCGCUAAACAGCAAGAUAUCCUUGAUGUGUCUUUUUACCAAAGUGUUAUUUUAGCGCCAGUUUCUAAAAUAUGCUCUUGAGAUGCUGUUGUAACGUAUUCAUAGCUGCAGCUGUACAUUUAUUUAUGAUCUAUUUAUACCAAAGGGGGAGGGUGGCUUUUAUCAUUGUGAGCCCAAUAACUUCAGAAGAGCAUACUUGUACAGCAAUAUUCUCCUCUCAGUUAACUUGAAUGACAAAUACGAAUUCAUUUCUAAUUGAGCCGAGAAACACACUCUGAACCUGUGAAUGAACCAUGUAACUUAGCCACCACCUACCAUACAUUUUGGGCCCAGUUUGUCAGAAACCUUUCUUGCACAGGCUGUCCUUGCAAAAAGCGAAGGUGGAAAAUGCAGCUUAAAUUUCAGCGAGGUUUGCACAGAAAUUUCUGACAAAUUGAGCCCAAAGUUGUUAGUGUUUUGAAAUGUAAAUUCUUUGUUUUUGUAUUCACUUUGGGAUAAACUUGGUAUAUUAUGUCUUGGCCAUGGAGCACUUUUUUAAAAAUGUUAAAAAAAGAAGAAGCUUUCUUUUAAAAUGUAAGUGUUCAAUAAAUACAGUUUUUACACGCAGGCAUGCACAA